AUGCUGAGUGUGGGCACGGAGGGGUUGCUGCGCCAGGCCCGGGAGUUGGGGCCGGAGGAGCUGCGGAAGUUCUGCGGCCGGACGGGGGCGAUGUUGGGGCGGGCCGGACAGGAAGCGGAAGUGCUGGAGAGCCUGAGGCGGCUGCACCUGGUAGUGGGGGCCGGGGCCAGACACUUGGAUCCCGACUUUGUGGGGAAGUUACAGAGGUUGGUGGAGUCGGACAGUAGCCCCGCCCAAAUCCGGGCUGUGGGGGCGGCCAUAUUGUGCCAGUUGUGCCCCUCCCGGGACCUACUGGCUAUUGGGCAGUUCCUGGAGGGUCGGGCCCGAGGGCACAGCCUGAGGCUCCUCCUACCCCUGCUGCUGAGGGCGGAGCUUGGAGAGGAGCAGGUGAAUGUGGUGAAUAAGAAGCUGUGUGAUUGGCUGCGCUAUGCCCAGGGGGCGGGUCCCAGCUUCUCCCCCCGCGCCAAGUGGCCCGGCCCCCUGGCGGAGUUGGACGGGACCCCCGCUAUGGACUUCUUCACGGUGCUGAGCGUCGGCGCUCGCUACUCGGAGGAGCAGUGGCUGAACGUACUGGGCUUCUCCAUGCUCCGCCCCUGGCUGCUGCGCCACGGCUCCGGGGGCACGAGCGACGACCGGUCGGAGGUUUCCAUGGUAUCCGCCUCCUCGGCCCUCCAGCCGCCAGUUGCCCCCGCGGAGCGGCUCCGGGAGAAGGCGUUGGAGUACUGCCUGCGGCUGGCGGAGCAGAGUAACAGGAAGGCGCUGCGCAGGAGCGACGCCCGGAGGUGCAAACGGGCGUGUCUGGCCGAGGCCGUGGCGCUGCUGGACGUUAUCUGCAAACAGGACGUGUCCUUGUACCGGGCGCUGCCCCUGCUCAAGAACCUGCCCGGGAGGCUCUGCUCCGACCCCUCCCUGGCCCCCGCGCUGCUGCCCCUCGCCCAGUUCUUCCUCAGCCACAGUGAGGUGGCCGGCGCCGGCUCCCAAGCCGUGUACAGACAUUUACUGGCCAAGGUGCCGGCCGAGCUGUACCACAAGCCGCUCUUUGCCUUCCAGUUUGUGCGCUUCUGUCGGGCCAACAGCGCGGUGCUGGCAGAGAACGUGGGGGCAUUUAGGGGCAGUUUUCCCGGCCUGCUGAAGUUCCUGGCGUGGAACGGCCCCAUGUUGGUGGCAGAGUUUGUGGCCCUGCUCCCGGCCCUUAUUAACCCCACGUCUGCUCUGGACUUGUUCCAUUCCCUGCUGGACCUGCCCUGUGUGACGGCGGCGCUGGAGAUGCAACGUUCUUGCCCUUUGGGCUCGGACAAGGCGGCUUUGGAUCAUUCUCUGCUCCCGCCCAGCGCCGCCGAGGCUUUCCGACACCCGCAGUGCCGGGAGGUGUUUCAGUAUAUCCUGCGUAGCGAGACGUGUCCCGUCCCAGAGCAGCUCUCUUUGCUCCACCGAGCCCUGGCCGACCUGAGCGGCUCCCCCCGCGUGGCGCAGUGCGCAGAGAUCGUGCCGUGCCUGCUCCGCCAGUAUUUCACUAUAGUUGCCACGGUAGCGGAUGGGCCACUGAUCGGCCGGCUGGUUCUGGCGGUGCUUGAGCGCAGUGGGCGCCUCUAUGAUCCGCCUAAGUACAAAGAGGAGGUGCACAGAGUCCUGAGCGCGCAGCUUCCCCGCCUGUUCCGCCUACACCCGGCCCUCGUGGUGGAACUGUCCCGGGAGCUGUUGGACUUUGUGGGCACCACGAGCAACAUCGAGAGCAAGGAGCCGCUCUUCACGCACGUGGUGUGGGCGGUGGGCGAGUUUGUGUCGGUCUCGUACGACCGGAGAUGCACCGUGGAGCAGGUUAACCGCUUCUUCGAUGUUCUGGAGACCCUGCUGUUUGAGAUCACGCAGACCCGGGGCUCGUGUGGUGCCCCCAAGUCCUCUCCGCGCCUCAUCACCACGCUCAUGACCACCCUGACCAAGCUGGCCUCCCGUAGCCAGGACCUCAUCCCCAAGGUGUCUCUGUACCUGUCCAAGAUGCGCUCGUGUGUGCAGAGCGCGGCCAUGAUCUCCGCGUAUGGGGAGGAGGAGAGCGAGCAGAUCUGUGUCAGGGCCACGGAACUCAUGAACCUCCUCAAAGUGCCCAGUGUGGCCCAGUUUGCCCUGACGCCCUCCCCCGACGUGAGGAGCCCGGCCUAUCACCGGGACGUGGCCUCCUCGCUGCCCCUGGCCAUACGAGCCUCCAGCUGCCUCUUGCACAAGGGGGGCACCUCCGUGCCGGGGUGAGGGGUGUUGUCAGAUGCCCCAGGGGAACCCAGGAAUUACCCCCCAUGCUAAUCACAUGCUGUUUGCACUGCACCCCAAGCACCUUACCUUCAGGGUUCAAAUCCCACAGUCACCCAUUAGUUUCUAUUGGUUUCUGCCUCUCCCUGAACUGAAAUGUUAAUGCUCUCAGGCGCCCCCUAGGGGCUGGAUUGUUGUUUGUAUGUGUAGCACUUAUCCUCACUGUCUUACAAGCCUCUGCCUGGUUGCUAGGGUAAGUGGUGCUCUAGCAACCAUUUUCAGUUCCAAACUGCAGAGUUUAUUCAUCCACAACCAAUGAUGACAAAUUGCAGACUGAAUGGCAUUUCUCUACACAUCAUAGGAAAUGUUUAGUUUCAGCUUAACUUACCCUUUAUAGGGGGGCUGUGCCCACAUUGUCUGCAUAAACAGAAAAUAAAUGAAUUUGCAUCCUGA